CUCUCUCUCUCUCUCUCUCUCUCUCUCUCUCUCUCUCUCUUCUCCUUCCCCACCUUUAUCUCCUGCAACAUUUUUUCCUCCUGUCUCCUUUCGUUGAUCAUUGCAACUAUGCUCCGAACCAUCUAUGAUCAUGCCAGGAAACACCCUGGACUCAUCCCACAGUUUUUUUUCAUAACCCUGGGAAUUGGAGGGGCUGCACUUUAUCUUGUACGUCUAGCCAAGGGACCCCAUGUUACAUGGAACAAAUCCAACAACCCUGAACCAUGGAAUAAGCUCAGCCCUACCUAUCAGUAUAAGUUUUUUGCUGUAAACACAGACUACAAGAACCUGAAAAAGGAAGGGCCUAACUUUUAAAACGCCAAAGAUGCCGAUACUCCACCUUGAAGAUAUUCCACCUUGUUGAUUUACACAGUUAAAUUUAAAAUUAAACUGAAAUGAUAUAAAGUCACAGAAAACAUUUAUUUGUACUCUUGAUAACUAAAGUGAACUAGCAAUUGUUUUUAUUGUUCAACUGUGUUUAUUGCUCUAGUGUGAAUGCUCUGCAUAGCAAAUGGAUUGAUUUCUGCGUUCAGCCAGUAAGCACAUUCUGUUUGAUAUUUGUGUUGAGUUGCUAAGCUGUAAAUGCAUGUAGGGUUAAUAAAUGUAAACUGAUUUCUUCUGAGGAAAAUAAAUAUGUCAUAAUGGUAUGCAGUAAAAAAAAAAAUCAUCAUAAAUUGCCGUACAUUUCAUUCAUUUGCUUCCAAAACACAAGAAAUUAAUGUUUCUCUGUAAUUUUUGCAAGUGUUUUUCCUUCCUCAGUAACCCAAUAUUUAAAAUAAUAUGACCAAAUUCUAAUUACUGUAAUGAUAGACUUAGAUAUUGUUUGACACUCUGAAUUGAAAUAUAUUCUCUUUAAUGGUAAAUUAAAUUCUGAUCAACAAUAAAUAUAUCCUGCAUGUCGCAAAAAAAUGAAAGUAAAGUUAUUUUCUUAAAUAUCAAGCUCACAUUAGGCUUACAUGGCUGUCUAUACAGAAUGAUUUAGAACAUAUAGAUUAAUGUUGAUUGCUGAUUGACUAAGAGAGGAAAUAAUUGUGACCAUGCAAUGUGGUUUGUACUAUAAUACCAAUAUUCCACAAAGGUUAUACAAUGAGGUAUAUUGUAUACUAGCAGUAUAUAUAUUUAGUAUUUUUUGUAGAUAUCUAAGAAAAAUUUAUUGUCUGGAUUUUGACUGUUAUAAGUGCCACACUAAUAAAAAAAAUGUCUAAUAUGUACCCUA